AUGCGCAGAUCCUUUCAGCGAUGCGCUGCAUCUCUUUCGCGAACCAUCUCGAGUAGCAAUGGAUUGGCACAUAAGUCCAUCUCCAGGGCUGCACUCCCUCGACAUGUCGCCCUCCGUGCCUACCCUGCGACGCGACGGAUACAUCAAUCCUCCAUCUUCCGCCAGCAAGCUGCCGCUCAAGCGACAGAAGCGGCCAGCAGUGGCGACGCGUCCAUGACAAGAUUCGCAGACCUCGAGAGGCACGGCCUCGUGCAUCCCACUGUCGUUAGAGCCAUCAAAAACAUGGGAAUCGAGACUAUGACGGAUGUACAGCGGCUCACAAUUACACAAGCAUUGAAGGGACAAGAUAUGAUUGCACAGGCCAGGACCGGUACGGGAAAGACACUUGCUUUCCUACUUCCCAUUCUUCAGCGCAUGAUUGAAGCGGAUCCCGGCCUCGCGGUACGCAGUGGAGGGCGACGUGGUCCACGCACGACGGCCGACGAUAUUCGUGGGCUUGUCAUCUCUCCGACCCGAGAGUUGGCGGAACAAAUUGCAGUUGAGGCCAAAAAGCUUACAGCAAACACUGGUAUAGUUGUGCAAACAGCAGUUGGUGGAACUCAGAAGAUGCAGGGAUUGAGAGCAAUCCAGCGAGAAGGCUGCCAUUUGCUCGUGGGGACACCUGGUCGGCUCAAGGACCUCCUGACCGACUCGUACUCUCGCGUGCAGGCCCCAGACCUCGAUGCGUUUGUGUUAGACGAAGCGGACAGAUUGUUGGACCAAGGUUUCUGGCCGGAGAUCCAGGAAAUCAUGCACCAACUUCCGGCGCCUGCCGAGAAGGAUCGUCAAACACUGAUGUUCUCUGCCACUGUUCCAAAGGAGGUGGUACACCUCGUCAGAAGCACGCUGAAGCCUGGCUUUCAGUUUGUGAAGACCGUGAGGGAUGAUGAACAGCCUACACACGAGCGUGUGCCACAGAAGCUCGUGCGUGUUGGGGGAUUUGAGAAUCUGAUGCCGUCUCUCAUCGAAUUGUGUCAGCGCGAAAUCGACGCCGGCAGCCAGCCUGGUGGCAAGCCAUUCAAGGGCAUUGUCUAUUUCAACAGCACCGCAGAAGUCCGUCUCGCUGCACAGACUUUCCACUCUCAAGGCAACUCUUCUGGUGCAUUUGGUGGCCCAUCACUUUUGGGCUCAGCCAGAGCCCUGGAGAUUCAUGCCAAGCUUACUCAACCGCAACGUCAAAGAGCCGCGGACGAUUUCAGAGCCUGCCGGACCGGUCUUCUCCUGUCUACAGACGUAACAGCGAGAGGCAUGGACUUCCCGAACGUUACUCAUGUCAUUCAGGUGGGUCUUCCGACCAGCCGCGAGCAGUACAUCCACCGCAUCGGUCGUACAGGACGGGCUGGAAAAGAAGGCGAAGCCUGGAUUCUCCUGAACGAACUCGAGGAUGGAGAAUCUCGCCGCCGUCUGCAGAACUUGCCAAUCAAACCGGAUGACACUCUCUCUAUCCCCAACCUCGAUCUUACCAAAGCUGGCAAUGUGCCCGCCCAUGCUAGCAAGAUCCUGAGCGCGUAUCAACAGGCAAUCCAAGGCGUGUCGAUUCUGGAAAAGUCCGGCGUCUAUCUUGCCCUACUGGGUGUCUAUCAAUGGUUUACACACAAGGAUCGACUUGUUCGGGCCAUGAACGACCUUUCUCAAUUCGGAUGGGGCUUGAGUACCCCUCCAACCAUACCACCUGGUCUCGCAGAGAGACUGAGAAUUGCGCGCAUACCUGGCGUCCGGAUUGACGAUAGGCCAAGUGCUUUUGGUGGUGACCGUAGUGGUGGUAACCGAGACGGUGGCAGGUUUUCGGGAGAACGAUUUGACAACGCACGAGGCGGUGGGAGGUUCACGGGCGAACGAUACGACAACGCACGAGGCGGUGGGAGGUUCACGGGCGGUCGAGGCGGCGAGAGACGAGACAGUGGGAUGGGAGGUGGCUCCCGCGAUACAAGAGGAGGCUACGGUCGACCAUCCUAUGGUGACCGUGGUAGCGGCGGCGACUUUGGACGCAGACCCGCACGCUCCGACAAUCCAUUCUAA